AUAAAUAUCUAUUUUGUGUUUCUAUCUUGCAAUUCAGUACAGUUUGUCAUAGAUAUUGUUUCUUCUUGUACCGUUGCUGUAUGUAUGAAUAUUCAAUGAAGUACAGUCUCUGACAGAAAUGUGUAGGAUGGCACUACGUCAUAUAAACAGGCUUGUCCCUAUUUAUUUUUAAGUCAUUAUAUAAUGAAUCAUGUAUUUAUUAUAUCAGUGGUGUUCUCUGUUCUGGUUUCACAGUUAGUUACGACUGCACCUGUCGCUGUUGCUAUACAAUUCUGUACAUCGAGGCAGUUUGCGAAUUUUGAUGAUGAUGAAAAUACUACUUCUAUUUGUAUUGGUGGACUAUACUCUACAAGACAGAACAACGACAAAAUAUGGUGAUGUUGGACAAUGGCAACCUACGUGGUUCCCACAGAACAAAACUACAACUACAACACCACCAAAUGGAACUAUAAAGCCAUCCGGGGUGCGAAGUGUUCGUUUACCACUCAAUUUAUAUCCAGUUUUAUAUGAGCUUGAACUUCAACCUUUUAUAUAUGAAAGCAAUCCAGCAGACUUUUAUUUCAAAGGAAAACUUAAGAUUGAUAUGGAAUGCAGAAGAUCGACAAACGAAAUAGUUCUGCACAGCAAUAAACUUAUCAUCACGACAAGCUCUGUUAGAAUAGAGCCAAUGUCACCUGGACAAAAACCAAUUAUUCCUACAAUUGAGUUUGAUACUGUCAAUCAGUUCCUGAUUUUGAAAUCAAAUACACAAUUUGUAAGUGGGUCGGGCUAUUCUCUUUACAUUCAGUUCAGUGGACCUUUGCUCGCUGAUAUGGCUGGGUUUUAUCAAAGUUCUUACCAACAUGGAAAUGAUACAAUUUACAUUGCCACAACACAGAUGCAGCCAACAGACGCCAGAAAAACAUUCCCAUGUUUUGAUGAGCCGGCUGUCAAAGCACAAUUUAAAAUUACACUUCUUAGAAAACAACCCAUGGUUUCACUGUCAAACACGCCAGUUAUCAAUAAUAUAGCCAGGGAAAAUGGAUGGAUUGCCGAUUACUAUGAAGUCACACCAAAGAUGUCAACUUACUUAUUGGCUUUUAUUAUCUGUGAUUUCAAAUACACAGUAAACAUCACUAAAAAUAACGUAGAGUAUAGAGCCUGGGCACGCUCAGAGGCGGUUGAUCAGACUCCAUAUUCCUUAGAUGUUGGCGUCAAGAUCCUAACCUACUUUGAAGAAUACUUUGAUAUUCCAUUCCCUCUACCAAAAUCAGACAUGAUAGCUGUACCAGAUUUUGUUGCCGGUGCUAUGGAGAACUGGGGACUAAUUGUUUACAGGGAGACGGCCAUGUUGUAUGAUCCAAUGGAGUCAUCAGAAACCAACAAAAAGAAAGUAGCUGUAGUCGUUUCACAUGAAUUGGCACAUCAAUGGUUUGGAAACUUAGUAACACCAUCUUGGUGGGAUGAUUUAUGGUUAAAUGAAGGAUUUGCCAGCUUUUUUGAAUAUAUGGGAGUCGACCACGUCCAUCCAGAUUGGCUGAUGUUUGAACAAUUUGUGGUUGACGAUUUACAAGACGUUUUCAAUUUGGAUGGUCUGGUUACCUCACAUCCACUCUAUGUACCAGUUUCUAAUCCAAGUCAAAUCAAUGAAAUUUUUGAUCAAAUUUCCUACGAGAAGGGCUCAACUAUUAUACGAAUGAUGAGGUUCUUUCUUGGAGAAGAAACAUUCAAAAAGGGGCUUCAAAGAUAUCUUAAAGAACUAGCGUACGGAUCUGCUUUUCAUGACGAUUUAUGGAAAGCUUUAUCAGAGCAAGGCAAAGCAGAUGGUAAACCAAAAAGAGUUCAAAAUGUCAAACAAAUCAUGGAUACUUGGACACUGCAGAUGAAUUUUCCAACGGUUUUCGUGGAGAGAACAGAAGAUAACUUAAGACUAAGCCAGUCCAGAUAUCUACUAGAUACAAAUGCUACAGACCCAGGCACAUAUACAUCACCGUUUGGAUAUAAAUGGGAAAUACCCUUUACAUACACCAGUCAAUCAAUUUCAAAUUUCAACCAAACAGACUCUGAUAUUAACUGGAUGGGAAAAGAUGGAGAUAUCGUUGAGCUUAAAAAUGCAUUGCCUGGUGAAUCCAUGGAUAGCUGGUACAUCGGGAAUGUUAUGCAGUAUGGUUACUACAGGGUGAAUUAUCCAGAGAGCAACUGGCAGAAAUUGAUCCAACAACUUAAGACUGAUCUUACGAAAAUUCAUCAAAUAAAUAGAGCUCAAAUUAUAAAUGAUGCGUUUAACUUAGCCAAAUCAGGUGACCUCAAGAUGAAUCUAGCCCUUCAAACAGUUGAAUACCUGUCGACUGAAGAAAACUUUUUACCGUAUUCAGCGGCUUCUGAGGAACUACUUUAUAUUGAUGGCAUGCUUGAAAGAACAGCUUUAUUUGGAGCCUUCGCCAAAUUCAUGAAAUCAACGUUUACAAUUCCUUUCAAUAAAUUUGGAAUGGACAACUCGGGGUCAGGUCAUUUAGAAACAUAUGUUAGAAGAAUUGUUGUUGCCCUAGCAUGUAGAUAUGGUAAUGAAGAAUGUAUUGGAAAUGCAAGAAAGCUAUAUAGGGAGCUAAUGGAAUUGACAAAUGGAACAAACCCAAUUAAUGUUAAUCUGCGAUCAACUGUAUACUGUACAGCAAUACGAUUUGGGGGUGUAGAAGAAUGGGACUUUGCAUAUAAGAAAUAUAAAACAUCGAAUUUUGCCACUGAAAGGGCUGCUUUGCUGUAUUCGUUGUCCUGCAGCAGGGAUGUUUGGGUUUUGAGCAGAUUUCUUAGAUAUGCAUUAAUGCCCGAGGAGAUCCGAAAGCAGGAUGCAGUUAACAUCAUAGUUUAUAUAUCAAGAAAUAGUAUUGGUAGAUCUUUAGUAUGGGAUUUUUUUCGAGGAAACUGGGAUGCUAUUUUUAAUCAAUAUGGUGGUUCGUUCUUGUUUUCACAUCUGAUAACUGGCAUUACAGCUAAAUUCAACACCGAAUUCGACCUACAAUCGGUCCACAAUUUUAAAGAAAGUGUUCCAAGUCUUGGAUCAGGAGCAAGAGCUUUUCAACAGGCUGUUGAGAAAAUAAGCCUAAACAUAAAAUGGAUGGCCAAAAACCCGCAGAUAAUACAGGUUUGGUUACAGACACUUCCAUAGAGAAAACUGAUAGAUGUUAGAAAGAGCUUCAAUUCGAAACACUGACUUAGAGGCUGAAAUGGAGAUGAUUCAUGUAAUCACAUAAUUGAGUAAUAACAUAAAUAAAAAUAGAUUAAGUCAAUGAUGAUGAACAGCAUAACGUGUAAAUGUAUUAUGAAAUCUUCUUUACAUUAAAUUUUACGCGGUGUAUACGAUUUCAAUCAUUAUUUUUUAUAAUAUAUAUACAUCAUUUGAUUUAUAAAAUCUUGAAUUUUUAUUUUGUUGGUUUUAAAACAUGUUAAAUGUAUAAUAACUUUUUUAUAUGCUAAGAUAAUACGAUUGUUUACUCGAAAUGUUAUAUUCAUGAUUAAGUAUAUUAUGUCCACGCCGUAAUUGAUAUUUGACUGAUUGAUAAAAAUAGCAGAUAGUUAUGGCAUACAGUGUUGCUGUUUUGCAAAUAAAGUUAUAAUUAAUAAAGUGUUUAAUCAAGAAUAUAA